AUGGCAAAAAGUGGAGCGAAGAGAACAAAAAAAUCUCGAGAAAAGUUAGAAAAGGACAAAGUAAGUUCAUCAUUACCUAAAUGUGAUAAGAAGAAAAAAGUCCUUGUUCAACAUCUUGCACAAACGUUUGGUCUACUGCCAAAAACUACUCAUCAUCGUGUCUCGGUUCAACUACCUAAAAAAUUAAAAAAUGCUAUUUUCAAGUUCUAUAUUCGAGACGAUGUGUCUUAUCAAUGUCCAGGAAAGAGAGAUACGAUUGUCAUGAAAGAAGAUAAUGGACAAAAGACGACACAUCAUAAAACGAUUUUACUCAACAAUAUACGUGAGAAUUAUGAACUUUUCAAAGAAGAAAACAAAAAUGUUAAUGUUGGCCCAUCUGCUUUUGCUAAUUUGAGACCACCAUUCGUCAUUCCAAAAGCGGCAUUGGCUCAUAGAUCUUACAUUCGGUCGAAAAGUGAAGGCUUCUCAUUUGCUUUGCCAUCUUCCGAUAUAAGUCAUGACAAAUACGUUGUCAACUCAGCUUUAGAAUUAAUUUUAAAUCAUAUAAAAACUAUAUUACCAAAUCUGAAAGAAGUCAGCUUUUUCAAUGAGGGCGCAGCCUCACAAUUUAAACAACGUUUUCAUUUUAGAAAUCUCAUUCGACUCUCUUCUGAAUACAAAAUUAGAACGAGCUGGCAUUUUUUCGCAACGUCACAUGGAAAAGGUGUUGUGGAUGGCAUUGGUGGUAGUAUAAAACGAGUUGAUUGGUCCGCAGUAUUAGGCGGAGAUGUUUGUCGUUGGGCACCUGACUUUUUAAAAAUUGCCGCGGAAAAUAACCAAAACAAUCAUUUUAAUGGAAAUCAUCAAAAAUGA